AUGGCGGCUUCUUCCUCGUCAUCGCAAUCAAGGUAUCAGGCUUUCAGCCCUCUGCUCUCUAUUGAGCCAUCGUCUGACGUUUUGUUGGACUCGGAUAUUCAGUCUUUUCCUUUCACCGAAUCCCGCGAGAGCUACGACAUAAAUACUCGAAGACCUCCGGCGACGCUAAGACGCGUGGGACCUCAACGCAGAAAGAACUGGGUUUUGUACGAGUUAUACCUGGAGAGAGAAUUUUUAGGAUGGUGGGAGAAAACCGAAUAUGGCCACAAGCUAAACGGGGACGGUCAGUCCCAAAUCAAGUGGUCUACCGAGUCGCGUCAUGCCGACGCUUGGAAACACUUUGACCAGGUAGCCGAUAUCGAUUCUGGUCGCCCACGAGUCCUUUGUAAAGCCUGUCUUACUUUGCUUGAUCAUCCACAGUACAAAGGCAAUGGGACAAGUGCUAUGAGUAGACACCAAAAGUCAAAUUCCUGCCGCAAGGGAAAGAAAAGAGGAUCUCAUCAAACACUAAUCCCCGAUUCGUUGCAAAACCAUUCCAUGAGGGAGUCGGCCAAUGUGCACAAGGUAACAACAUUCCAACUUGAGGAGCAGUUGUUAAAGACUAUUACCUGUCUUCGGUUGCCAUUCCAAACAGUGGAGAACCCUGUGUUCCAGAGGCUGCUUAAUCUCGUAAAUUCGGGAACUGGAGUACUGGAACUUCCGUCAGCAAAAACCCUGCGAAGGCGACUCCGGAAUGCAGUUACAUAUUCUAUUUGCCACGAGGAUACUUCGAAAAGGUACUGUGAAUACUUGAGAGCGUGUUUCACGCAGUAUCAACAACAAAAUCCUGAGCUAUUGUUUCGUACAGUGCAUCGUUCGUCGGCACUGCAUAGUUCAGAACUUGAUCGGCUACUUGAACCAGUCAAUGACUAUAUGCUCCUCGAAGGGGUAGAGCAUGACGAGGUGGAUCGGUACCUCCGAGAAGAGGAUGAAGCGUUGAAAGGAAAUGAAGAGGAUGCUGAGCCGAUCAGUGACGAGGAAGAGGUCGAAGAAAGUGAAGACAUCGAAGGCAAUUUGGAAAUCGAGGCCUCAUACCAAGUUGAAAGUAUACUGGUAGAGGCUGACCGGCCUUCAACGCACAACCAGACGAACCAUGAGGAUGGAGACGUAAAUGAGGUGGAAGAGGGGGAAGUAAUUGAAGUCGAUGAAGCUGAUUUGCUUCCACCUCCAAUAAUACAAUUGGGCGAUAGAAGUCAGAAGAGAUCCUCUGGUAGGGUAACGAUGCCCUCAAGUCGACUGCAUGGGUACGAGCUAUAUUAG